AUGGAGCCCCCCAGCAGCAGCUGCAUGCAGAGCGCCCCGGCGCCCGCGCCGCUCUGGGGCUGCCUGCGGGGCACCCGCGCCGAUGCCCCAGCGCUGGCGGAGCCCCACGGCGGCAGCCCCGGCCUGCUGGGCGCCUACGAGCUGCCGCGCGACGCUCCGGACCGCACCGAGCCAAAGGCGAACAGGAGGAGAAAGGAAAACGCAGAAAACCAGAACUCAAGCAACAAGCCAGAAACAAGCAGCAAAUCACGGAAGGAAAGGACAGCUUUCACUAAGGAGCAGCUACGGGAGCUGGAAGCCGAAUUUGCCCACCAUAAUUAUCUGACAAGGCUCAGGAGAUACGAGAUAGCUGUAAACCUGGAUCUCACGGAGAGACAAGUGAAAGUGUGGUUUCAGAACAGAAGAAUGAAGUGGAAGCGCGUUAAGGGCGGGCAGCCAGCGUCCCCCCAGGACCAGGACGCAGACGAUGCGGACUCUGCUGCCUCUCCCAGCUCCGAAUAG